AUGGCCAUCUCACCGGCAUUUUUGGCCUUGCUCCUGCUUGUCGGCAGGGUGUCGGCAUUCCAAUCCCUCCCUCUUCAGCGCGUUCCUGUGUUGUCUUCCUUAACCCGACGCAGGGCAGUCUCGGUCGAUUCGAGUAACAGCAGGUCACAUAAUGAGGAGGAACCGUCUACUAGCAUUCUGUUGGGAAAGUCUCCAAAGGCCGUCCGAUUGAGAAAGAAUCUUCAAGAAAUCUGGUCCGACCCCAGUGUUAGUCCUAUUGUCAUUGUGGGACCAAAGGGAUCUGGAAAGCCUUCCAUCGUGGAGGAACUACUGGAGCGACUCCCAUCUUGGCAGACGCAAACCAUUCAUCGACUGGAUAUGGACGAUGCCGCCAGCCUUCUAGAUACCAUGCUUGGUACAGCGACCAAUACUAGUACAAAAGGCGAGCAAGGGCUCUUGGAUAUCCUGUCAGACCAACAAAACACCACACUAGUCUUGAAGGGAUUUGAAUCUCGUUCCAGUUCCAGUCAAGACGAACUCAGUAGACGCCAAGAGCUGCAAGCAACCGUCACCAAACUCUUGACAGAACAGAGCUUUUACAGCCGAUGGCAAGGCCGAGAAAAGACCUUUCAACCAAGGAUCGUUUACUCCCAGCAUACCUAUGGAUCUCAGGAACCAGAGUUUCUAAAAAACAAGAAGCCAGACAAUCGAGUAUUGCUGCUCAAGGUUCCAGCGAUUGAAUCCAGAGGAAAGGACCUGUCUCUCAUUUCGCAAGCCAAAAUCAACGUGUUUCAGAAAGAGUACGGACUACGCAAUGUACAGCUCACACCGGAAGCCAACAAACGACUCUUGGAUCAUACGUGGGGUGACGGAGAACCAGAGCUCGACCAAGAACUCCGCAAUGCACUCCUGCGGCUAGCUUUGGAGAAGAAACGGAAUCCCUACCUCUUUGAAGGACCCUUACCAUUCCUUCUACUAUCCAGACACAUGCUCACAAACGCACCCAACGAAUCGAUGCGUCGUCGUUUGCUCUACGACUUUCCCUUUCUACGCAGAAUCAUAGAGUCACCUUGGAUAUUUGAUCACCUACAAAGAUACAUUGUUGCACCCGUCUUUGUGGCAUUUUUGGUGAUACUCUUUUGGGGUCCUCAAACCCGCGACCAUAGCGCUGCACUCACCGUGUUUUGGGCGGGAUGGUGGCCAGCAGUCAUGUUGAGUUUCCCUCUUUUGGGGAGAAUCUGGUGUUCCAUUUGUCCCUUUAUGGUGGUGGGCAAUUUGGCCCAAGAAGCAGUCACGGCGGCGGGGGUGGAACUGAAAAAGUGGCCCAAAUGGGUCAACAUGGCGGGUGCUCCGUUUGCAUUUGGUCUCUUUUUUGGUAUAUUGGUUUGGGAAGAACUCUGGGACUUGCCACAAAACGGUGCUCUAUCGGCUUGGUUGCUGCUGUUGAUUACGUCCGGAGCUCUGUUUAACUCGGUUCAGUUUGAAAAGCGAAUGUGGUGCCGCCACCUUUGCCCGAUUGGUGCCAUGUGUCGCACCUUUGGCACCAUGUCCAUGACUGAAGUCCGAUCUUUCAAGGCCAAUUGCCAAGGAUGCACCAAUCCACAGUGUGUGAACGGCGAUUCGCCUGUGCCCUCUCCUACGGAUACGUUUGCUCUCAAAGGUUGCACUAUGGGCCUCAAAAACAAUCAACUCACCGAUAUGGGACACUGCACAUUGUGCAUGUCUUGCGUCAAGAACUGUGACACACAAGUACCGGAAGUCAAUACUAGACCACUUGGAAUAGACUAUGGACUCCCCUGGUUGUUGCCUCCUGCAUUUCAGGAUCCAAAAAACAUGCAAAUCUCACAAGUCGAAACUAACUUUUAUAUGGGAGCCUUGCUGACGGUGUUGCAGGGCUCUGUCCUCCUUCAUUACAUGCCGCAGAUGUUGCAUUAUCUUGACCUAGACCCCGCAAUCAGCACUGCAGCACCCGCUCUCGACUCUGCUUUCUACAUUCAUGCAGCUGCGACAGUAAUCAUUUUGGCUCUGCCUGGAAUUGUGAGUUUACUCGUGGACCAAAUUGCCGUCCCAUUGGAGAAUGCUCUCCUCUCGCUUAAAGUAUCAUGGGGCAAACCAACAAUCGAAGAGGAAGCUAAACAAAGAGCCAUCGUUGAUGCCUAUGAGGCGUUGCUGAAAUCCGACAAAACACUUGAGGACACAUUGGAAGAACUCGAUCCAGAUAGAGACGGCAAUAUUGCCUGUUGGGAGGUCGAAAGAGCUUUGAAACAUCUACAGCUGCCCGAAACGGAGUGCGAGACUCUGAUGGACUUGACAAGGAAACGCUUCGGUCGACGACGAAUAGAAUCCAUGCCAACGGAGGCAUUUCUAGAUGCCUUUCAGCAGCUUUACGUCGAGGCUCGUGGCACCGAUGAUUCUCUCCCAACAAAAGUGCAACUAGAAACACAAAAGACCUUUGUCGAGCUGUUCAAUGAGUUGGACGAGGACGGCGAUGGGUUCAUCAUGCCAGGGGAUUUCGACAAACUCAUUGACCGAAACUUUCGAAUCCAGCGAUCGUGGGAGGAAAAGCUCGAGUUGUUUCGCAGUGCAGAUGUCGUAGGUCAAGGCCGUCUCAAUCUCUUUGAGUUCAUGACCUUGAUACGUAAGAUUGCUCAAGCUGGCAUUCAAGAAAUUGGAUAUGGCUAUCUGCCCCUCGCUUGGGCGUCGCUCACUUCCUAUUGGAUCGGCCUUGGACUGAAAGAACUGGGUCUUACGCUGGAGCGCUUGCCGGAUACAUUCUACCUGGAUCGACUCUUUCCAGCCAUCCACUUGCCCUCCCUGGUUGCAUCCGAUGAAACAGUACAGUUCGUGCAGGCUUUUCUGGUGAUCGGCUCCCUUCCUGUUUCGAUUGGACUAUUGCAAAAGCUUUGUGAUGACAACAAAAUCAGUGGCCUUCGAUUUGGUAGCCAUGUUGCGGUUCAGGUGGUUGGAGCUUGGGCCACAGUCUACCUGAUGCUUUCUUCCACUCCGUUUGUGGCUUAA